AUGGAUAUGGGUGGUCUGCAAAACAUUGUGGCCAACUCGGCCUAUGUAUCAGCCCGUGGUAGUGUCGAUGGCAUGGCGGCGUCGACCAUGCGUGACAAGAGGUUUCGUGCCAAGCUCAACCUCCCGCACAUCAAGAAGAGCGAGCACAUGAAGACCACGGUGGACUCCGGCUUCGACAGCAUGUGUGUCAAGCAGCCCAUUGGCAAGCAGCUCUUCCAGCAGUACCUGGAGCAUGAUGCAACCCACAAGAACGCCUGUGAACUCUGAAAGGACAUCGAGGAUUACAACAUCACCCAGGAGAAGUACUGGGUGCAGAAGGCCCAGAAGAUCAUCAACAAGUUCUACGAAUCCAAGUCCAAGAUAUUUUGCAGCUUCCUGGAGAAGGCUGUGACACGCGUCAAGGAGGACCACAAGAGCAUCCGCGGAGACCUGUUCAAGGAGAGUGAGCAGCAGCUUUUAAAGCACCUGGAGGCCAAGGCUAUGUCCGGCUUUAAGAACAGCAUGUACUUCCUGCGUUACAUCCAGUUCAAGUGGUUGGAAGCCCAGCCCAUUGAUGAGGAAUGGUUAAUGGACUUCAGAGUGCUGAGGAAGGGAGGGUUUGGGGAGGUACACGCCUGCCAGAUGAAGGCCACAGGCAAGAUGUAUGCCAACAAAAAGCUGGACAAAAAAAGGCUGAAGAAACAUAGAGGCUACGAGGAACAGAUUUCCCGAAUUAGAUGCAUUCCUGGUGAUUUUACAGUAUUUUGCUUAUCAAAAUCGCCUGUCGCCGAACCCCUGCACUACAGUAUCAUGUCUCUUGCUACUCUGUUCAACUCUCCCCAUGUCCCCGAUGAAACCCUGUCACCACAGGUUUCACAUACUGUAUAUAAUGUGGACGAGAAGAACCCUGGUUUCGAUGAGACGAGAGCUUGUUUCUACUCAGCCCAGAUCAUCGUGGGUAUGGAGCAUCUUCACCAGCACAGGAUCAUCGACAGGGAUCUGAAACCAGAGAAUGUGCUGCUGGAUGAUGCAGGACAUGUGCGUCUGUCUGAUUCGGGUCUUGUUGUUGAGCUUCCGCCUGAAAAAGACAAAACCAAAGGAUAUGCAGGCACACGGUAUGAGAUGAUCCAGGCCAAGGGCCCCUUCAGAACCAGAGGAGAGAAGGUUGAAAACACUGAGGUGCAGCGGCAAAUCUUAAAUGAUGCAGUGUUCACAGACAAGUUCAGCAAAGACGGCAAGGCUAUCUGUGAAGGCCUGAGGGAAAAAGAUCCGGUAAAGCGUCUCGGCUUUAAGAACAACGAGUGUGCAGCGCUCAAGGCCCAGCCCUUCUUCAAAGAACUCAACUGGGGACAUCUGGAAGCAGGCAUGCUGCCUGCACCGUUCGCCCCGAACCCCAAGGCGGUGUAUGCCAAAGACAUCCACAAAGUGGGAGCCUUUAUCUCCAUCAAGGGGGUGGUCAUCGACGCCAAGGACAAUGAGUUCAAUGACGACUUCUCUUCUGGCAACGUGCCCAUCCCCUGGCAGGAGGAGAUGAUAGAGACAGGGGUGUUCUGAGAGCUCAACCUCUGGGCGCCAGGGGGCAAUCCGCCUGACGACCUGGACCCCAACAAAAUCCCUAUAGAGUCCAAGGGAGGGGCCUGUGUGCUGCUCUGA